AUGGUUUUGUGUACUGUGACCAGCACCCUAGAGUCUGGGCAUAUAAAGAAAGUUAGAGGAACAUUUGGUAGAUGUAGAAGACACCGUUCUGCCUCCAAGUUGAAUGCUGUCUUCCUAACUUCAUGACAUACCAACCCCUCCACCUUCAUCCUGCUGGGCAUUCCUGGCCUGGAGGCGGCUCAUGUGUGGAUCUCCAUCCCCUUCUGCGCCAUGUACGUCAUAGCUCUCUUGGGGAACUUCACCAUCCUGUUCAUUGUGAAGACAGAGCCAAGCCUCCAUGAGCCCAUGUACUAUUUCCUCUGCAUGCUGGCCGUCACUGACCUGGUUCUCAUCACAUCAACUCUGCCCAAAAUGCUGGCGAUCUUCUGGUUCAAUUCCAGGGAGAUCGAUUUCAGUGCCUGCCUCGCCCAGCUGUUCUUCAUUCACUGCUUCGCAUCAGUCGAAUCUGGGAUAUUGGCAGCCAUGGCUUUGGAUCGUUAUGUGGCCAUCUGCCAUCCUUUAAGGCAUUCUGCCAUCCUGACAAACACUUUAGUGGCCAAGAUUAGUCUAGUUGUGGUGCUGCGCAGUUGCAUGGAGUCACUGCCCUACCCCCUGCUGGUGAGGCAGUGGUCAUAUUGCAGAACCAACCUCAUCUCUCAGCCCUAUUGCGAACACAUCGCUGUGGUGAAGCUGGCCUGUGACGACACCCACGUCAGUAAUUACUAUGGGCUCUUUGCGCUAUUCGGUGUCGCAGGUCUGGAUGUGAUAUUUAUCGCCAUUUCCUACAUGCAGAUCCUCAGGGCCAUCUUCAGACUCCCCACAAGGGAGGCCCGGCUCAAGACUUUUUUGACCUGUGGCUCGCACAUCAGUGUCAUCAUAAUUUUUUACAUCCCAACUCUUUUCUCAUCCCUCAUAUACCGUUUUGGGAAGAAUUUUCCCCCGCAUGUCCAUGUUCUCAUUUCCAACAUGUACCUGCUGCUGCCCCCCAUUCUAAACCCCAUCAUCUACGGGGUGAAGACCAAACAAAUACGGGGUCGGCUGCUCAGGCUCAUGACCCAGAAAUAA